AUGCAACUAAGCCCAUUGGGAUGCUUCCUUUUGGGGCCGAAUUUACUACCAGCACGCCCAGACGCCCUGGAAUGGGCUGGGACGGGACCAGUGGCCGCUAGGGAGCCAGCCAGCACGCCAUGGAAACAUGAUGGCAGCAUGCACCACGGCUGGCAAAACGAGAACGUGGGCCCUGGUAUGCUGGGCAUGGAGGGGCAAGGUUACACGCAAAUGGCACAAAUUAUGUUCGAUUCAGGAAGGCGGAUAUCUGGAUCCUCCGUGCCGACCUGCGCCCGCCUGGAAGCCAGGAAGCCUGGAAGCCUCGCUGAAGCUCAUGUGGCGUCUGCCGCCAUCAGCCGUGGCCCGGUUCAGUGCUGCACAACACAGCCAUCGGGAACUCUGCCCGUCUCUUCGGGUCCCCUCAGGCGAGGGCCGACUUUAUCACACAAUCAAACCCCAACAAAGUCGCCGGGCGAGGGCCAGAAAGGGCAAUUAGCUGCCCCGACGGCUGUGAAGAGGGACGACCCGAUCAGAUCAGAUCAGGGCGUUGGGCAGUUUGCAAAGCUUGGCAGGGCAGGGUUAAUUGGUAGGGCAGGGCCAGCGAGCGAGCACGAACGCCUACUAGAUGCGGCCAACAGAGCACAUGGGCAUUGCUCCAGGGGCCUUCAGGCGGGGCGGGCAUCAGAUAUCGGGGAUGCAUAA